ACUAUGAACAGAGGCUGCGUAUUUAAACCAUCUCUUACUCGAAGGCCUUAGCCCUCUCUCUCUCUCUCUCUCUCUCUCUCUCUCUCGCUUAGGGUUUUUCUUUCAUCGUCUUUCUCCGGCAAUUGAUAUUUGGAAAAAUGGGUGAGAGUGGGAAGCGAUCUCGUUCCCAAAGAGAUCACGAUGGGGAUGGUAGGAAUCAGAAAAGAAGGGUAAAUGACAAGGAUGAAAGGGUUAAUGAUGAACUGGUUGUUUAUAGAAUCCUGUGCCCAGAUGAGGUUAUAGGAAGUGUUAUCGGCAAAAAUGGAAAGGUCAUAAACUCAAUUAGGCAAGAGACAAGGGCAAAGGUUAAGGUGGUGGAUCCAUUUCCCGGUGCCAAGGAUAGGGUCAUAACAAUCUAUUGCUAUGUCAAGAAGAAGGAGGAUGUUGAGGUUGAUGAUGAGUUCAAUGACCAUGACCCGUUUUGUCCUGCUCAGGAUGCUCUUCUUAGAGUUCAUGCGGCAAUUUCAAAUGCAGUUGCCUCUGUUGUUGAUUCUGACAAGAAACGGAAGGAUAAGGAGGAAUGCCAAAUUCUUGUCCCAUCUAGCCAGUCUGCAAAUAUCAUUGGUAAGGCUGGGAUGACCAUAAAGAAAUUGAGAAGUAAGACAAGGACAAAUAUCAAAGUUACUGCUAAGGAUGCCUCAGACCCAACUCAGUCAUGUGCUAUGGACUUUGACAACUUUAUUCUGAUAAGUGGUGAAUCAGAAGCUGUGAAGAAAGCAUUAUUUGCUGUUUCUGCAAUUAUGUAUAAAUUCAAUCCUAAAGAAGAAAUUCCUCUUGAGACAACUGUACCUGAAGCUCCUCCGAGCAUUAUCAUACCAUCAGAUGUCUCUAUUUAUCCACCAGGUGGAUUAUAUCCAAAUACAGAUCCAGUUGUCCCUUCUAGAUCUGUUCCACCAAUCCUAGGCUCCACACAUGUGCCUGAACUUCAGGGUUACGGGGAUACAGGGAGUUCAUGGCCUGUAUAUUCAUCCACCCUCCCUGUUGUUCCUAGUUUUGGCAGUGCCUCUCGCUCUGAGGAGUUAAUCAUACGAGUUUUGUGCCCUUUUGACAAGAUUGGUCGUGUAAUUGGCAAGGGAGGGGGUACUAUUAAAAGCAUAAGGCAGGCUAGUGGGGCUCGUGUCGAGGUUGAUGAUACCAAGGCUGACCGUGAUGAGUGUAUUAUUACAGUGACUGCAACAGAGUCGCCUGAUGAUUUGAAGUCCAUGGCUGUUGAAGCUGUUUUAUUGCUCCAAGGGAAGAUUAAUGAUGAAGAUGAUGAUACUGUUAGCAUUCGUCUCCUUGUUCCAUCUAAAGUUAUUGGGUGUAUUAUUGGGAAAAGUGGUUCAAUUGUAAAUGAAAUUCGGAAGAGAACCAAAGCUGAUGUGCGCAUAUCAAAAGGCGAGAAACCUAAGUGUGCUGAUUCCAAUGAUGAACUUGUUGAGGUUUUGGGAGAAGUUGGUAGUGUGAGAGAUGCACUUGUCCAGAUUGUUUUGAGGCUUAGAGAUGAUGUAUUGAAAGAAAAAGAUGGUAGUCAUAAUCCUUCAGUUGGCGCUGAUUCUUUAUAUUCAGGUGGCUCUGGUAUUCCAGUACCAUCUCUCUUACCUUCUGUUCCACCAGUUGCUCCAUUGGCGUAUGAUCAGAGGGCUGAAAGUGGAAGUGGCUUGGGCCUACUUUCAUCAAACAGCCUCUAUGGAUACGGAUCUCUGUCGAUGGGAGAAAAUGGCUAUGGUUCUAUGUCAUCAUAUUCAUCAUCUAAGCUCUAUGGAGGGUUGCCUCCACCCUCAACCUUAGAUAUGUUGGUGCCUGCUAAUGCUGUUGGAAAAGUUAUGGGUAAAGGAGGGGCAAAUAUAGCCAACAUUCGAAAGAUAUCAGGAGCAAUGAUAGAGAUCUCUGAUGCCAAGUCUGCCAGGGGUGAUCGUAUUGCUCAUAUAUCUGGCACACCAGAGCAGAAGCGUGCAGCAGAAAACUUGAUCCAAGCAUUUAUAAUGGCAACUUAAGUUUUGAGAAUACUUCUUGGUAUUUGAAGGUGAAUAGUUAAAACCUUGGAAUUUUCUUCAUCAAAAGUCAUCCUUAGCUUCUUUAGGUUCAAUCUGGAGUGCUUCAUUUUCUAGGCUUCUACAACUGGAUCCUCCUGUUUCUCACAUAACGCUGCUGAUCAAGAUCAUGUGGGAGAUUCACUGCUGGUUUAUAUUCAUGGCCAUAGGUUUCUGCCAUUGUAGCUUGAUCUAUUCCUCAAUCUGCGGAUCCUAGAACUUUUUAGGUUCUUUCAUUCCCUUCGUUUUGUUUUAUCUAGUCUGGUCAUGUAGGGCCCACCUUAUUACCAUUACUGUUUGUUCUCGGAUUUUAUAAUCACACCAGAAAGUGUUUCCAGUGACCAUGUUGCCUAACUCUUAAUGAAUGUGUGUUGUUUUUUGGGCCAUACAAUCUCUUUCACUCUACUUAUUAGAUCUCUCUCAGUGAUUCAAGAUGCUGUGCGGUUGAUGUUGAAUCUCUACUUUAUGUUUUCCUGGGUUUUGCUUUUCUAAUACAGCUUACAAAAGGCAAUCACUUCCUCUUAUAAUAAAGUAGAGAUGGCUCUCUGGAGCUCAGGCUUUCUUCAUUCUGCUAUUAGUUCAGAAUCUUGAUUCUUUUGACUGAUUUAUGAAGAGAACAUUGCAGAGAUUAAAUCGUUAAAUUGCUAUGCACAAUUUAGUUUCUCAGUAUCUUUCGAUGCUUGCCUCAAUAUAUGUGUUGCUGAACUACACAUGUUAUGUAAAUUCAGCACAUGCUCUGUCAAAAUCUGUGUGUACAGUUUUUGACGCAUUUAAUAUCCUUGUAUAAUACCCCAAAUAUCAUUUCCAUUUUGGCAAAACGCAUAUUUAAACCAUUGAACUUUACUUCAGUGUUAAUAUUAAGCCCCUAUAUUUUGUGUUCUACAUUUUAAGUCCUUGAACUUUUAAAUUUGUUGACAUUAUACCCCUUUUUAAUUGAGAGCCAACAGAAAUCUAACACAGCAAACGGUAAACCCUUUAACACUCUUCUCUCCCAAAUGUGUUCUGUUAUCUCUAAUCUCUGUUCUCCAAAUUCAACCAUCAAUGCAUUUAAAACCCUUACAAACUCACAACCAAAUUCCAAACAAAAAGAAUAAAUACCCAAAUCUAAUAUCGAAAUCACCCAAAUGUGCUUCCCGCAAAUCUGCUUGACCUUUUGUUUGUUAUCUCACAAAAAAAUACUUACCAUUCUUAUGGGACAUCAAAACUGAAAACACCAAAAUGAUUGUGUCCUUCUAUAAUGCAAGCAUAGAAGAAGAAAUAUGGAUUCAAAAUCAUUUGAUGGAUUCUUUUAUCCCUUUCCUUUAUGUAUAAAUUAGUGGAAAGCUAAAUUUCUAAGAGAAAAUGGGUACUUAAAUGGGAAAAAAGAAAAUUACAUUGCAAAUGUGAUAAAUUUCUCUCUUUUUUAUUGAUUCGAUUGAUUUCUCUCACAAAUUUGAAAUGAAUUUCAAUUCUUAUUGAUUUCUCUCUCUCUCUCUCUCUCUCUCUCUUUGAAGCUCUGCAAUUUUGUGUGUGUCUCUCUCUUUAGGGUUUGGAAAUGGAAGAGAGAGUAACAGAAUGAGGUUGGAAGGUAAAAGAAAACAGAAUAACAACAGCAAAUGAACCCUUAUUUCUCCUUCCAAUUACGAAUGUGCCAUUUAUCUUUUUUUUUUUUUAAUAAAAUUACAUGUCUUUUUUUUCCCUUCUCUCUUCGAAUCAGAUUAUUUUUUCCCUUCAACUCGUCACACACUGCAAAUGAACUACAUGCGUAUUCGGACAGUUAAAAAAGGGCAUAAUAUCAACAAAUUUACAAGUUUAAGAGUUUAAAAUACAGAACGCAAAAUAUAGGAGCUAUAUGUUAAUAUGAAGUGAAGUUCAGGCAGUUAAACAUGCGUUUUGCCUUUCAUUUUCAAAAAAAUUUUUAGUGUCCCACCAAAUACAAAUUGCAUGAACAUACUUCUUUACUGUUGGGUUUGAACUGCUAUCGGUAUUGAUAUUCACAACUUCACGUCGUCAUCUUUGGUAAUUGCAUCUCAGUUUGAUACAUCUUAAACUCAGUUGAGCUUUGAUAUUAGUGAUAACUAGAGCUUUUUCUUUUUGAGCUUAACUUUUUGGAGCCAUAUUGAAUAGGGAAAAUUAUUGUUUACUCUUUUUAUUUUAACAAAAUUAACUACUUAGUCCCUCUAUUUUGAAAAAUACAUUAUUUAAUCUCUCUAUUUUUUAAUCCGUGGACUGUUUAGUCUCUCCCAUUAUUUUAAAGCAAAAUUUUUUCCCAACUCAAAUAUUCAGUCCCUGUGAUUUGAAUAAUACAACUAUGUAGUCCCUGUAAUUUCAAAUCCAUAACUAUUCAGUCUCUGUCUACAACUAUUCUCUCUUCUUUGAGUAAUUUUACUAAGAAAAAAGUUAACCAUAGGUACUAAACAGUUUACGAACAAAAAAUAGAGGUAAUAAAUAGUGCAUUUUUCAAAUUACAGGAACUAAGUAGUUAGUUUUAUUAAAAUGUAAGGACUAAAUAGUAAUUUUCCAUAUUGAAUAAUAGCAUGCCUGCAAAACUUUCAAAGUUUAACAUUCAACCUUAGUAUUUUAAGUUACUUGUAGCUAUAUUUCCUCCUUGGCUCCCUCCACAUUUUCUAUUCCCCUUCUAAUUUUUUUGAAUUUCUGUGGCUCUUUUAGUCAAUUGUCAUCUUAAUGUCUCAUUGGGGUUCCCAUCAAAUCUAAUUACAUGAUCCAUCUGUAGGAACUUGAGUUCAAAAGAACAUUUCAUAUCUUGCAUUAUUUUCAAUGCAUUGCUUAUUUUGUUGAUAAAAAGCUCUUCCAUUAAAGUAUAAUUGGUUUCUGUUUAUGGCAAUUCUUCUUUCUAGCAAAUGUUUGUUGUGUCAUUAAAUACUUCAUUUGUAUAACACAAUUAGAUGUCAUCAAACUGGGGUUGCUCUUUUUUUUUUUCUUUUUUUUUUCAGCCGCAGUUGCUUUCAUUUUCCUAUAUUUCAUUGGCAGCUGCUAUUUAGUGUCAAUACCACAAUGACACCUGGUUCUUGCUUUUUCUGUGGUCUGUGAGACCCAAAUUGAAUAGGCAAAAAAGUUCUUGCUGUAACUGCAACUCUCCUUAUAUGCAAGUGGAUUACUUGCCUGGGCCAACCUGGGAUUUCAAUGUGAUCCCAAGCAAUUUAGCUUUGAAUCAAUAAACUAUAGGUCUAAUGAUCAUGUUCAUUUCUUAUCAGGUUUUGCACAAUUUUAUCAAACAUUGAUACGUUAUGCAGUUUUGUCCAAAUGAUCCACCCUUCCCGUGCACUUUUCCUUUUCUACACUUCACAAUCAACCGAUCUUAUUCUAGUUCUUUCACAUUGAAAAUCUGUAGGUGAAGCAGAAAUUUCUGUGCAGCACUUCCACUCAGGAUUUCAUGUUUCUUAUUUUUAAUUAAAUAUUUCACACAGCAGAACUCUUCUGAGCUUCAAAAAAAGUAAUCCAAACGCACCAGUUUUUGAACUUCAUGUAGUUCUAAAGAUUGAUAGGUGGUGUCCCAUUUUGGUUGAAAGUUCUUGUUGUGGUGUUUGCGAUGGUUAUGAUGAGUCGGUCUGUGCUAGUGUUGACCUGGAAAGUUACAGUUAUUGCUUCUUUUAAAUAAACACCUUUUUAGUGCAAGUGAGUUCCUUGGUUAUCAUCUUAGGAUUGUGCUUGUUGGUCUUCUCUGAUAAGAAGAUUUCCCACCUUUCCCUUAGAUCCGUUGACUUGCAAAAAUUCUUUUAUCUUCUACCUGCCUUUUAAUUGCAAUGUAAAAUGGUGUUUCUUGAUCAAAUCAUGUUAAUAUUUGGUGGAUAAUGGGGUAUUGGUAUGCUGAUUCUGUUGCCUUGGAGGUCCAUUAGAUACUGUAGUAGUUUUGAUGAGAAGAGGGAGAAAUUAUUUGUUCUGGAGGUUGUUGCAUGGAAGUAGUUUUGUAUUCUUGAUCAUUGCAUUGAGAUCGUUAUGUAUUUCUUAGUUGAUAUGAACAGUUGUGUAAGCUUUUGUAAAAGACCUAUGGCGAUAAGUAUAGAACUUGCUUAAUACUUGGUUAGUGGUUUACAAAGUUAAAGAACUCGGUUUUGUCA